AAAUAAAAUAAUAAAACUUUAAGAAGCAAUAAAACAUCCAUUGAAGAAAACUAAACUAAAUGUUGCAAUAAAAAAGAGAAACAGUGAUUAUUAAAUAUGAUAAGAUAUAUUACACUAUAUGAAGAAAUAAGUAAAAACAUAAACAAUAAAUAUUAAACAUAAAGACGUCUUAGGACUUUUGAGAUCAUUGCUGUAGACGUGUUUUGGAUUUGUUACAUAUUUUAUACUAUCUGUAUGUGAACUGUGCUGGACUGUUACAUUUCUGAAAAUGUUCAAUAAAAAGAAUUAAAAAACAAAACAAAACAUAAAGACGUCUAAACUGUAGAAUGAUAUAUAAUAAACUAUAAUAAACUAUUAUAAACUAUAUUAAACUAUAAUAAAAGCAGUAAAUAUAAUACAUUUGUUGGUUUUGGUUUUUUAUUUUCUCUCCGAGUGACUCAUCUGCUCAGACUCUCUGCGUGAUGACGUCAGCUCAUUGCGUCAGCUGGCUGUUUCCGGGUUUCACAAUAAAAGCCUCCAGCUGCAGAAGGAAAGUUUUUGUCUCUUCGGGACUUUGAGGCUUUUUUCUGUCUGAGCACCUGAACCCGGUCCGACCCGGUCCAGCCCGGCCCCCCUCCAGCAGGAUGUCGUCGACGUCUCAGAAGCAUCGAGACUUUGUUGGAGAACCGAUGGGAGACAAACCGGUGACGUCUCUGUCGGGGAUCGGAGACAUUCUGGGGACCAAACUGGAGCAGCAGGACUUCGAUACGGACGAGAGCGGCGCCAACAAGCGCCAGACGGGAUCCUGCGCCCAGUGUCUGCAGGAGUGGUGCAGCGCCUUCCUCUGAGCCCCGCCCCUCCACCUGAGGCCACACCCCCUAUACGGAGGCCCCGCCCCUUCACCUGAGGCCACACCCCCUAUACUGAGGCCCCGCCCCUCUCCACAUGAGCCCCGCCCCUUCACCUGA